UCACCCUCUCUCAAAGUCUCAACGCAGAUAUAUCGAUAGUUCGAUACACACAAAUACAUACAUACAUACACAAAGCUUGGCCUUGGCGAUUUCUGUUGCAAAAUACGAGAAUGGGGUGGGUUUGGAGGGAUGAUGAACCAGGAGACUUGGAAUCACCGCCGGCGGGGGACAUUGCGAGAUUUCAAAACCCUAUCCCUAGGGCGGACGGUGAUCGCUGCACCACCAGGAGGGUCGUCAGCUCGCAGUGCAUGACGGAGGAGGUCGAGCCUGGAAAGUUCGUCAGGAAGUGCGAGAAGACCGAACAACUCCUUAGGGAUUGCGUUGGGAGGCCUGUUGAAAUUGUGCAAUCAAACAAGGAGUACACUGAAGACGAUGUUACAGACCGAGUGCUCAGAGGGUCUUUCCCCUUAGGGUCAUCAGAGCAGGGAUCAUUGGACUUCCCUGGUCUACGCAAUGACAUUAAUUCAAUUGGACGACACUUUAACUUUCCAGGGCUACGGGAUGAUAUUGACACAUUCGAACGGAACUUGUUUGGUAGUAUUGGUCGUUUCUUUGAAGCCGCUGAGGAUUUGAGGGAUGGCUUCUUUAGCGCAUUUAGGGAUCCACGCAUCUUUGAUGGGGAUUCUUCAUCUGCAUCUAAGCAUGGUGGGGUACCCAUCGAGAGCAAUCCCCAGAAGGGAGAAGGGCGAAGCAACCAUAAAUCGGGAGAUAUAGAUCUUUCUGGGUUAACAAGAGAUGUUUGAACUGAAGAUAAACCAUACUGGUUUCUGCCAGUUUGUACAAGGGAUUUAUCUCUUCUUAGAAAAAGUACAUAAGCGAAUCCAAAAUAGUCUCUCUAGAUUUUGUUCCUCUGAAGUGCUCCACCAUAGCUCUUAUAUAUUUAUAAUAAUAAUUUUUAUUAUGUUGGUUCAAGAAUGAGAUGAGCUUUGUUGACUACGUUGUGAAAUUUAAUUCAAAUAUAGUAUAAUUUUCAUGUUGAAAGUA